AUUUCUGUUCAUAAAAACACAUUUAAAAUUAUUGUUUAUGAAACAGGUUUACUCAUUCGGCGAUAAUCAGUCUGGGCAACUAGGCACAUGCAUGAGUAGUAAUGUACCAAAUAAAGUGGAAGUCUCUGGCAGAACAAAGUGUUACCUCAUUUGCUUGUCUGCAAUAUUCAUCCUUGGCAGUUCUUAAAAAUGGACAGGUACUAUCAUAUAGACUAUAAGCACUGCUUAGUACGUAAAAUAUAUUUUUUAAUUCAUUAUAAAUCUGUUAAGAUUUACGUUCUUAUUUUCUUUUGAAGGUUUUUGCGUGGAGUGGAGCAAUAAUUUCGACAUGUUAGGUUUAGGCUUCGCCAUAGACUGCCAGCCCAGCCCCUGCUUCAUAACCGCAUUGGACGGUGUCUACAUUUCUCAAAUUGUGUGCGGGUCGUAUCAUACCCUUGCCUUGUCUGACACUGGUGUCAUGUAUGCCUGGGGAAUCAAUGACUUUAGCCAAAUAGGAGUCGAAGGCACCGCUGUCGUGACCAAGCCGACCGUAAUUUCCUCGGCCGUGGGCAGGGUCAAGGACAUUGCUGCCUCUUGCAUUCAGAAUCAUCCCUGUGCUGAUGUUAACGAUAAAAACCAGGUUUUCAUGUGGGGACGAUGCAGAGGUCAAUUGAUUUCAUGUCCGAAGCUAACUUCCUUUUCGUCAUUGGAUGAAGUUUGUGCGACUGUUGCGUAUCCUGCAAAUACAUUUCGAACCUUACGACUGAAUCAAACUUCUGAUUACUCUAUCAACGAUAGCCUGAAGCUCUCUUUUGAAGAAACUGCUGAUUUUGUGUUCGUUGUCGAGGGAAAGAAAAUCCAUGUUCACAAAGCAAUUCUGAUUAUGAGGAGUGAAGUUUUCAGGAGGUCUUUCCUUGGUGAUUGGAAGGAAAAGUAUACCUUACGGAAAAACUGUUGAAGAGUGUGGCUACAACGUUUACCAUGCCUUUUUAAAAUACUGUUACACCGACGAGGUAGACUUGUCACCAGAAUUGGUGGCACUUGAUAUGAAUUGCAAUACACAUUUGAUAGGGGAUGACUUUUCUUAAUUUUAAAUGACAAAUUAAAGGUCUGCUUCAAGUGGCCGACAUGCAUUUGAUGCCUGGUCUUCAGGCCAAGUGCGUGCAGUUGAUCAAACUGGGCGUGACUGUUACAAACGCUGCAUUGAUUUAUGCCAACGCUGUUCAUAACAACGCAAAGGUUUGUUUGAAACAAGCAAUUUUUCAAAUGUUUGAGCUGCAAUAAUUUCAUUCCUUCACAGGAAUUGGAGGAUUUUUGCUUCAACUUUUGCUUGAACCACAUGACUGCUGUUGUAAACAGCGAUGGUUUCACUGCUUGUGAGUUGCAGGGGGAUACCACCAUGGGAUUUUUCCGUCGUGCAGCAAAUGGA